UUUAGUCGGUUGAUAUUAUUAUAUGUAUGUGUACGAGUUCGGAGUUGUUUUUGUGUAUUGAUGGGGUAUUGAGUAUCGAUUUAAUAUUUUAAAAAGAAAUUUUAUUAAAAAAAAUUAAUAGUGUUAAGUGAACCCAGUAAUUAGGUUAAAGAAACCACAACGAAUUAAACGAAAAGAAAACAGAAGCGGUUAGAAAGCAGAUUUUAAACGGACUAUUUGAUUGGAAGAGGCAAUCAUGGCAUUCGCUGGGCUCAAGAAACAAAUCAACAAAGCUAAUCAGUAUGUUACAGAAAAAAUGGGCGGUGCCGAGGGCACAAAACUUGAUCUGGAUUUCGUGGAGAUGGAAAGAAAAACAGAUGUCACGUGUGAGCUGGUUGAAGAGCUACAAACGAAAACAAAAGAAUUCCUGCAACCGAAUCCAACUGCACGAGCGAAAAUGGCGGCUGUGAAGGGUAUCAGUAAAUUAAGCGGUCAAGCUAAAAGUAACACUUAUCCGCAACCUGAAGGCGUGCUCGGUGAUUGCAUGCUGCUCUAUGGGAAGAAGCUUGGAGAAGAUUCUGUGUUCGCACAAUGUUUGAUCGAGAUGGGGGAGGCACUGAAGCAAAUGGCCGAUGUUAAAUACUCGCUGGACGACAACAUCAAGCAAAGCUUCCUCGAGCCACUUCACCAUUUGCAAACCAAAGAUCUCAAAGAAGUUAUGCAUCACCGAAAGAAAUUACAGGGACGUAGGCUGGACUUCGACUGCAAGCGACGUAGACAAGCUAAAGGCAUCCUUAAAGGCCCUUACAUGAGUCCAAGCCAUGGUUCUCCAAGACACGGCGCUCACAUUCCAGACGAUGAGAUCAGACAGGCGGAGGAGAAGUUUGCUGAAUCGUUGACCUUGGCUCAGAUUGGAAUGUUUAAUCUCCUUGAUAAUGAUGUGGAGCAAGUGGCACAAGUCUCUUUCUUCGCGGAGGGCCUGCUGGAGUACCAUCAGCAAUGCACGGAGAUUCUCAAGGGAUUGGUCUCCGCACUAAUGGAGAAGAAAGAAGAAGCCGUUAACCGCCCCAAGCUCGAGUUCGUACCCAAAACUCUCGCCGAUCUCCAAAUCGAGGGCAUCCACGACUUCAACCAUGGUAGGCGGUACGGCUCCGCACAGAGCCUCUCCCGCGCGCGCCUCCCCACCACCUCCUCCCUGGGCGAUAUUCCCACCACUGACCCCCUCCGCGCCUGGGAAGUUCCCAGAAAAACUCCCAUCGCUCCCGGUUUCAAACCACACCCGGCACCGAGGUUACAGAAUGGAAGAGACCCGUGGACAGCAUCGCCGCUGCCUUCGCCGGUGAAGUCUCCCGCGAGGACGCCGGUCGCUCCCACUAAAGGUCCUUGCUGCACAGCGCUCUACGACUUUGAGCCAGAAAACCAAGGCGAGCUUGGAUUCAAGGAAAACGAUGUGAUCACACUGAUCAACAAAGUUGACGAUAACUGGUUCGAGGGCUCCGUCAACGGCAAGACGGGCUACUUCCCAAUCAGCUACGUGCAGGUCACCGUACCCCUCCCAAAUAUGUAAACACUCUAAUGGCAAUACUCUUGAUUUAAAAUUGAAACUUGCCAGCUCUGAUAAAGUACUCCUCGUUCAUAACCAUGUGUUAUUUAUAUAAGUUGUUUAUGUAUACAUACGAAUGAAACAAUCAUAUUGGCUAUUCAGAUGGUUCAAAUGUUAUAUUAUGUUAAAAACUUAUUUUUAUAUUUUUUUCUACAUUAUAUCAUUCAGAACAAUUAUUAUAUUUUUAAUUAUUAUUAAGUUUAUUUCCAUGAUAAAGUAGCUUGUCAGAUCUGGCAGUUUUAAAUAAUUAAGUACGACCUCACACAAUAACAAAUAAUGAUAUAUGCAUUAAUAAUAAAAUUGUUUUUUUUUUAAUUAAAACAAAUUUAUUGUAUAAAUAAAAAUAAGGCCUAAAAUGUCCUUGAAAUGCGUCUAUACUCUAUUGCAUCUAUGGUGCGAUAUUAUACCAAAGAGUAAUUUAUAUAUUUUUUUUCUUAAGACGUAUUAUGUUAAGAUUUGCAUGUGCAACCUAUGAUAAAAUGGCAAUAAUUAACGUGUGUGGUUGGACACCAUUAUGUUCCAAGUAAUCAAAUAUUGUUACACAAUGUCGCAGUAUUACAUAUAGAUGACUUUAUUCGAAUCAGUAACUGUGUCAAAAGCUCAAUGUUGUAGUUAUGAAAUAUUUUACCCCUUUACAAAUAUAACAUAAAAUAUAAUAUUACCAGCAUCGUUUCUUAAUUUUAUGUUUUAAUCAGGUCUUCCAUUUCUUUGGUACUUUUUGUGACCUAUUUUCUACGGAACAAAUAUUUUUAUUAGAAACAAAAUGAAUUCAAACGAAUAAAACGUGUAAUCUUGAAAAGGAACGUUAUUUUUUUUUGGCGAAUAAUAUUGCCUCAUUGAGCCUAUUCAAUUAAUUGAUUUUGUUUUUUUUUUUUACUUUUUCUUUAAGAAUCGCAAUCAUUAGUUAUUGGUACAUAUUUUUUUGACUAAGCUAUAUUUUAAAAUGUUCGUUCCAUGUCUUCAUUUUAUAAAUGGACGGCUUUCAUAUGGAAAACGAACGUUACCAGCAUUAAUUAAGCAUUAUAAACAGUUUAAAAAAAUCUCGGUGAAAUGAAAUUGUAUAAAUUAAUUUUCUUUGAUGUUGACAUUUUUUAUCAUUAUUUGCAUCUCGUUCCUACCUUCCAAGACAGAUAAUUAUUUAAUAGUGACUUCACGUAAACUAGAUAAUUAUUAUGAGAUUAGAUUUUAUAGUUAUAACUGCGGGUAAUAAUUUAUCUAAAUGGAGAAACGUAUACAAUGUAAGGUAUGUUAUACACAAGACGGUGUGGGAGUCGUAAGAGUUGUUGAAUCUUGCCAGAUAUUUGUGGCAUUUUGAUGUUCGAUGUAUUAUUGGCAAAAAUUAUAAUUAUACCAAUAUAUUAUAAAGUUAUUGUGAUAAAUAUAGAUGUCAUUGUAAUUGGUGCAGCGUCCCUUAUCGCAUUUUUACGUUUAUAUUCAGUAUAGUUAUUUUUAGUAUAUCUAGCAUAAUUUUUUUUUAUUAUUUUAAAUAAUUUUAAAACUGCAAUUGUAUUAAUUUAAUUAUUUCCAAGUAGAUAUUAUAUGUGGCCUCUACUAAAUAGUGUCGUUUAAUGUAUUCCAUAAUAAAUGCAUGCAUUUUGGACGUUAAAAAAAAACAUAUUUCACUUUAUCUUAUAUCGGUGUUGCAGUAAUAUUGUAAUGUAUUUUUCUAAUAAUGCCAUUAGAGUCGUUUAAUGAUACGGACCCCGAUGUAUAACUCUUCAGACAUACAAAAGACAAUACCUAGUAUCUAACGUUAGUUGUAUGUAAGUUCAUAAAUAAAUUAUUGUUCUAUCUUCAAGUGUCUCUUUAAAUGUAAGUAUUUUGAGCAAAUAAAUUCAUCAAUGUUACGAGGGUGUGAUGUUUUUAUGUAUAUUUCGCGGUGCACGGAAACGUCGUAGCGAGGUUUAUAUAUAGAAUAUACAUAUAUAUAUAUAUAUAUAUAUAUAUAUAUAUAUAUAUAUAUAUAUAUUCUUGAAUGUACGAUCUCUGCUCAGGAAGUCGAACUUCGUCCUUCUUAUAUUGGCUAAUCUAUUAAACGUUACAAUUUGUUUAUAUUAUAAUAAGACUAAAAUAAUUGAAAUGGUUGAAAUGUAAAAUUGUGAAAUCGUUACAAUAUGUAUUAUAGCUACACAUAUAUUUAUCGAGCGUUGCUUUUUAUACGGGGAAAUUCGUUGGAGCCAGUAAGCGGUGGUCACAUAUUACUGCAACGCGGCGGCGGAUUCGGGAUAAGGACUUAGGCCGUCUCACCUUCACUUUUGUUUAUUAGUGUUACCAGAAAGUAACAUAUUGCCGGUAAUCCAACGAAAUAAAAAAAAAUAUAGUUUUCAUAUCUAUAAAAAAUAGGAUAUGAUAUUGUAUUAACAUUCUGCAUUUUAUAUCAAACAUAGUAUCAAAAAUAUAAUAGUAUGCAUUUUAUUACCAGUUUAAUUUAUUUUUAUUUGUUAAAUACUUUUUUAUAUUGAAAUACUUAUUAUUACGGCCUGGCCUGUCUUAGUCUGCUAGUUCCGCUACUUUAAUAAUGAAAUUGUUAUUUUAUUUAUUAAAUAUUAUAUGCAUUAAAUAUUAAUAAUAUUUAAUUAAUGUAAAAGUAGAAAAAAAUAUUAAUAUUUCAUGAAAACGGCACCCGCUUCAAAGUAUUUAAGUGUUGGCGCGAGUAAUUUGGUGUGAUGUAAUUAUCAGGUAAAUGUAUUCUUGUUCAUGUUACUGUAAUUUUAAUACAUAUAAUACCUACUGUAAUUUCAUAGAUAAAUUGACAAUUUUAAUGUGUGACAUUCAUUUGUAUUUCUCCUGAACUUAUUGCUCGUUUCGCCUCCUAAAUAAAAUGUUACAAUUA